ACAACGACAUUUAUGAACUGCGCGCAUCAUUUUGUUGUAGCCUGCCGAGCCUUUUAAAACGCGAAAAGGAAAAUAAACUAAAACAUAUUUACAAAUACAAAAAAAAAAAAAACAUUAAAAUGCCUAAAGUCAGUGAUAAUACAUUGCGCGAACUUGAAGACAUUUUGAACGAGAGCGAAACCUACGCAGAUCGGCUGACUGCUUUUCUUAAGCUUAAGACAGCACCAAAACCGGCAAACAAUGGACCUUUACUUAUGUGCGAUGCGGAUUUGUCUUUCGAUUUUGAUGUCGACUUGAUAAAACUACCACCGAAACAGCAACCAGCAUCUCCAAAAGACGCAAUAUCAGUUGAAAAUAAGGAGCACCCAUUACGUGAGAUAACUAACCAAGCCUCAGUCCCAAUUGAUCACAAUAGGGGAACAGCAUGCCCGAUUGUUUCAGACACACAAGAGUGUCCACCUACAUCACCUGCACGUACUGAUGGAUGUCCGGUGUCCAAUGCGUCUUCAUCUGGUCUUUGUCUAACGUCACCUCGCAAAUCCCUAACACGACGCAGUGGGAUUCAUGUACCGGGGUCGGAUCGUUUACGUCGUGUGGCCAUACAAAGACGAUCGCGGAGUUGUGGUCGUCGCGAUUUGCUAAAUGAAUUCAAUAAUUUGUCGAAGCUCAGUUCGAAUUUCGAACCGACCGUGAGCAGCACGCCAGCCUCUGAGAAAAAAGAUACAGCCAAGCCAGCAGAGUCCCCCCAAGAAAAGUUUCAGCAGGAACAACGCGAUGAGCAACUAUCACAAGCAUCCAAUCACUCUGUCAAGCUAUCAUCACAGCGAUCAUCGUCACCCGAUUGUAACAACAAGCGACGCACCUAUACCAUUGAAAUGGGCCCCGAGCCUGGUCAGCUGCUGUUGUCUCCGUCGAUAAAGAGCACCCAGAACGUCUCCGUAUCGAAUGCAUCACUGAGACAAGCACGAAGUCGCCUUGCACAAUACAGAGAACAAGCUGAACUAUCGGCAGCCCGGCUGAAGAUAUUAGCUCCUGAUACACCAGCGCGUGCUUUAUCGCACACACUACCAAAUCCGGAAUAUAUUGUGCCCGAAACACAGCCGCAGCCAAUGCUAAAAAAUUUGUCCAACAACGCUUUAGUGACGCCCUUUAUGGUUGUACCCAUAAACUCGAUGCUCGCAGCUAAUGCUCAGGCAGCUAAUGCUAUUGCAGCUAGUGCAAUACCAGCUGCUGCACCAGUGGAUGCAGCAGUUCAAGUGAAACCGGCUCCAAGUGCUACUGUGGCCAAUCGCAGCAUGCAAACCUCUUGCAGCCCGGCUGCUGUGCAGAAGUUAGAGGACAUAAUGACGGACGAUGAUAGCGAAGAAGAGCGGCAGUCAAGUCGAGUACCCUUAAAUCUGGCAGCAGCCACUGGCAACAACAACAGGCAACGUAGCUUACGCAGUCGUGUGCAACGCGUGGACAACUCCAUGCAGCUGCUUGACUUACAUCAGUCCCGCUCAAGCGAUUCACGCGAACGCGAUCAAUACAAGCCGCGCCAAACGGUGCUUAACAAGCCCUCCCAGCCGGCUAUCAAUGGGGAGCAGUUUGCCUUCGAGCUGGCACGCAUGAGCAACUACGAGAUCUUAGAUUUGCGCAAGCGGAACUCCUUGGGCAGACACCGUCCAGUGAAUGGUCAUCGACAGCAGUCCACUGAGCAGGAGAAGCAGCAGAUGCUGCUGGAUCAGCACAUUGAAUGGGAAAUAUUGCGGCGCAAUCUGGAAGAGCAAACCGAGCAGGACGCACUCCCCAAAACUGUACCGAUGUCCCAGGAUGAAACAUUGCCUGCAGCGUCUUUAAUGCAAUCGCCAGCGGUACCUCCCAUGGACUUCAGAGACAACACCUUGGAACAUCAAGAGAAUAGUUUCGUGCUGCAGGCACAACGCUCCCAUAAUAAGAGGCGUGAAACCCUCAGGCAAACCUUUGAGCUACCAUCCAUGUCGCCAGCGGCGCCUCCUGCUGACUUCAGGGACAAUUCUUUGCCACCGCAGCAGAGGACCCGACGAUUGCGUUCCAGACGUCAUGAGCCGCCAAUGAGUGAAGAUGAAUUGCUGACUGUGUGCACGCCACCCUCACAAUUUCGCAAAUCCAGGUCCAGACAGAGGGAAAAUCGGCAGUCGCAAGUAGUAGAGCCUGUACCACCUCCAUACCAUUUUAGUGACAAUGCCGAAACGGAUAUAGAGGAGGAGAAUCAGGAACAAGAGCAACAACUCUUGCCGCCAGCCCAGUUCGUCAAUGAAACACAUCAAAUCCAUUCAAUUCUGGAAGAAGUUUGCAUUGAGGAGAUUGCGGCUAAUGAGAAACCAAGCAGCAGCUCGUUCGCCCAACGGUCCAUGAGGCUGAGAACUAGCACGCAACUGAAAAAGUCAGAAGUACAGCCACAGAUAGAGCAGAUAGAUCUCCAGGAAAAGCAGGAGGAGAAUCAGCAAAGGAAGGGAGAAAAACCAAAGAAGAAGGAGCAACAGGAAAGAGAGUUGCGUGAGAAACAGCAAAUGGAGAAUGAAAACAAGAAGAAACUAGAAAAGGAGAUUGAAAGGCAGCAAAGAGAGCUGAUGGAUAUACAGGAAAAGGAAAAGAAAGCAAAUGAGCAAAAGAAGCAACAAGAGAAUGAAGCCAGAGAACAGCAGGACAAACAGCUGGAAGAACAACACAAGCGACAACAAGAGGAAGAGAAAGAAAAGGAGGAGCAACAGCAUCAAGAAAAUAUCGGGCAACAGCCAAGAGAGGAGGAGGAGCUAGAAAAAGAAGUGCGACAGGAAAAAGAGCAGUCGAAGCUUCUCAAACGAAAAGUGAAAGGUCAAAUGCAAAAAGAGGCCCCACAGCUGGAGCAGCAGGAGCUGCAUCACGACGAGCCCAUACAGCUGGUAGAGCCAGCACCGCCAGAAGAUGUAUUCAAGAAGCCAACAGCUCCAGCGCCACGAAGCAAAGCAAACAAAAAGAGUCGAUUGGAGAAACAGCUGCUCAUUACGGUGGGUGAUGCCACUCUUCCGCCGGAUGAGCGAGAUGACGAUGCCAACACGACUGGCGUUCGUCGUUCCAGACGUGGUCAGGUGCCGCUGUGCAAUACCUGGGUGCACAGCAUUAGCGAUCCCUUCCAGUUUAUGCGCAAGAUGAUAGAUCCACCAAAGAAGUCAUCGGCCAAGAAGCCCAAAAAGCGAACAGCUUCAACUGCUGAUGGAGGCUGUUCCAUGAUAAAUAAACCACCGCUGUCUGCCAGCACGCCUCGUAGUACAGCUGCUCCCAGUAACAACAAGCGCACGAAACAGCAGCAGCCGCAUCAGGAUAAACAUCAGAGCAAUGUGUUGAGCACUUCGGACGCAAUUUCAGGCAUCACCAGACUUAACUACAUAACAGAGGAAGACGAGCCCGUAGAACCAGAGGCGGAGGCGGUAAUUAAUGUAGUUGAACCAGCGCCUGUGCCCAAAAAACGGGGACACAAAAAAAAGACGCCGGCCGACAGCACUGAGCCAAACAAAGAAACAAAAGAUAAGGAAAAGAAGAAAAAGAGGCAGCCAGCUGCAACUGCAGUUGAACAAAUAGCGGAGGAGCACGAAGAAGACGCAAUGCCGAUACCUGACCAGCCAGGCGCUUCUCCACUUCCUAAUCAGUCGCACGAUCCUUCAUCGGAAACGCUAAUGUCCUGGUUAUGCGGUGCACGCGAGCUGCCACCAGAUAAUUCCGAUGUCACCGAGACAAAGACUGAUUCAAUGUCUGUCUCACGAGCAGCCAAUCUGCAUUUCUCGAACAUUGAUGGGAUCGAGUAUGCCUUUUAUCACACUGAGGAUCGGUAUUCUAUGGGCUAUAUGCGCUUCCAGCCACUGCAGCAGCGGGGAAUGAAGCGGGCCAAGACCAACACAUUGCGUUUUGUGGCUCUUCAUGGCAACUUUGAAUUUGAAAUAGUUAGCCCGGAGUCGGAAGAAACCUGCCAUGACAUAUUGUACACGGGCGACACGAUAGAAAUUAAAAAGGGAAGUCGUUAUGACAUUAAAAACCGCUUGGAUAAGGUUAGCAUCAUAAUGGUCUAUCGUAACUGAUUGUAUGCAAACAUCUUGUUGAACUAUACAUACUAUUUAUACUAUUUCUAUCCGUAUAAAUAUUACAAAUGGUUAAUUAUGCGAAAAUAUUUUGAUUAAG